AUGGCGAUGCAUGCGAAAGCGACUCCACCACAGAUCCCGGACACCCGCCGGGAGCUCGCCGAGCUGGUGAAAAGGAAACAAGAGCUUGCUGAGACGCUGGUGAACCUGGAAAGACAAAUAUAUGCAUUUGAGGGCAGCUACUUAGAAGACACUCAGAUGUAUGGAAACAUCAUCAGAGGAUGGGACCGAUACCUCACCAACCAAAAGAACUCCAAUAGUAAGACUGAUAGAAGAAACAGGAAAUUUAAGGAGGCAGAACGUUUAUUCAGCAAGUCGUCGGUCACGUCAGUUGCAGCGGUAUGUGCACUCGGCGGGAUACCAGAUCACAUGAAUGAAAAACGCGAGGCAGGCAGCGGCACAGAAAGCGACGCAUCGCCCGAUCUCCAAAACCAAGAAAACGAGCCCAGCCAGGAGGACACGGAGGACGUGGACUCGACGCUGCAGGACCUAAAGCCCCAAAAGGCUGCCUCCUCCUCCUCAUCUGGCAGCCAUCACGGAAGCCACAAGAAGAGAAAGAAUAAAAACAGACACAGGUUUGACAUGAAGGUUAACAAAAAGCCAAGAGCUGAUUAUUCAACCUAACAAAGACGACUGACGACCUGGACACACACACACACCCAAGAGAGAGAGGAUACAUGUAGAAAAACACAACAUUUCUGGACUUUAUGAACUUUGUAUGCCUUUUUUUCGGUCAUGUUUCAGUCUGUACUGUGUGUAUUGCUCGAAACAUUCCCCCCACCCAAAAAAACCCCGCCACCCCUGCAUGUUACUCGGGGCCUGUCGAGGCUCUCCUCCAGUAACACACCAUCCUUGUAUAGUGUUUAAAAAAAAUGUAUUUAUUAUGUAGCUUAUCGCCAUGUUUCCCAUUGUAAGAAAGCUUUUUUUUUUGCUUUUUGUUAAGUGUCACAUACUCGUAUAAAUCCCCUGAAUGCCCCUGAUUCUUUUAUUACGUAUUUUGUUUUGCAAAAAAAGAAUAAAA